UGUGAAUCCCAUGUCUUUCUACCACUUGAAAAAAAUCUAGCUUGGCAAACAAUGGCUUCCUGCAACUCUAGAUCUCUCCACAUCCUAUCUCUCCUCAUUCUGUUGUUAUCUGUCUCGAUCCCCCUUGCAAGCCCACUGUCUUUCAACUUCACUGGCGAUGAAUUGAAGAACUUAAUCUUCUCUAACGACGCCUACUCUGACGGCAGGAGCAUCCACCUGACCCAGAACCAGGCGAAUACUUCCCUUAAUGGUAGCUUUGGAAGCGCCACAUAUUCUAAAGCGGUGCCUCUCUGGGACGAAGCUUCGGGAAUGCGUGCCAGUUUCACCACAAAUUUCAUACUCUCUAUCAACGAUUUAGGAAACCUGCAAAAUUCCGGUGGGCUUGCCUUCUUCCUCUCCACCUUCCCUUUUGUCCAAGACGCAUCGAUGUCAGGUGGCGGAAUGUUUGGACUAUUUAAAAGAAAUGGCAGCGAAGCAGAUAAUAAGGUCGUGGCUGUCGAAUUUGGUACCUUCUGGGACGCGGAAUACGCGGAUGCAAGGUUCAACCAUAUGGGCAUCGCUAUUUGCUCGAUCGUUUCCAACUUCUCGACAGACUUGUAUCCUAAAACCACAGGGACUGAACAAUUCAUUGCAUCCGUUAGUUAUAAUGCUAUUACUCAAAAUUUGAGCGUCUUCCUUGGUGAUGUUUCAAUAUCAGAGAGAAAAUGGAGCCUGUUUUAUGUUGUGGACUUGAGGAAAUACCUGCCUGAGAAUGUAUCUAUUGGUUUCUCAGCUUCCACCGGUAACCUUAGCGAGACGUAUACCAUCCAUUCCUGGGAUUUCAAUUCCUCCAAUUUAUUUUCUCGACAUCUUGCUCCCAGUCCUGCACCUAGUCCGAGUAUUGGAAAUUUUGAAGCCAAGCAAAAAGGUAAGAUGAGAUUGGUUGUGAAGCUGGCUAUUGGUAUUGGGAUCUUUGUGUGUGUGUUGGUUUUAGUGUUGUUUGUAGCAUGGCAUAAGAGGGCUAGUGGAGGGAUGGAAGAAGAAGAGGAGAUGGCUCUUGAAUUGUCCAUCAAUAAUGCAUUCAAGAGAGGUGGCGGCCCUAAGAAAUUUUCUUAUGGUGCACUUGCGAUUGCAACUAGAAAUUUUGCUAAGGAGGCAAAGCUUGGGGAAGGAGGUUUUGGGGAGGUUUACAAGGGAGUGUUGCAUGAUACGAAGCAAGAAGUGGCAAUCAAAAGGAUUUCUAGAAACUCUAGGCAAGGGAAGAAGGAGUACAUCUCGGAAGUCACGAUUAUAAGCCGGCUGAGGCAUCGCAAUCUUGUCCAACUCAUUGGCUAUUGCCACGAAAGAGGUGAUUUGUUACUUGUCUAUGAGUACAUGCCUAACAAAAGCCUUGAUUACCAUCUAUACAGCGAGGAGAGAUUGCUGACAUGGCCGCAGAGGUACGAGAUCGCAUUCGGCUUGGCCUCGGCACUACUCUAUCUUCACGAAGAGUGGGAGCAGUGCGUGGUCCAUAGAGAUGUCAAGCCAAGCAACGUGAUGCUGGAUUCAGGGUUCCAAGCUAAGCUUGGUGAUUUUGGGCUCGCAAGGCUUGUGGAUCAUGACGCUAACAUGCACACAACAGAUGCGGCUGGGACCAGGGGAUACAUCGCACCUGAAUAUGCCACUACAGGGAAAGCUAGCAAAGAAUCAGAUGUAUACAGCUUUGGAGUUGUUAUACUAGAAAUUGCAUGUGGUAGAAAAUCAAUUGAUUUAAAAGAGGAGGAAGACAGGGUGAAUUUGGUAGAGUGGGUUUGGGAGCUUUAUGGCAAGAAUAUGUGUUUAACAGCAGUGGAUAAAAGAUUAAAGAUGGAAUUCGAUGAGAGACAAAUGGUGCGCUUCAUGAUUGUAGGGUUAUGGUGUAUUCAUCCAGAUUAUAAUUUGAGACCGUCAAUAAGACAAGCAAUUAAUGUUCUCAAAUUUGAUGGUCCACUACCUGAUCUACCAUCAAAGAUGCCUGUAGCAAUGUAUUUAUCUCCCAUGGAUACUCCUAACUUAAUCCUAGCAUCAUCAUCAUCUAGCAGGGUUUCAAUUAACUCUAAAGUUCCAACUCAAACAUGAGCAGGAGUUAUUUUGAGUAAGAAAUUGCAAUAAGUUUUAAAGAUUGAGCUUUCUUUGUAUAAGGUUUGAUAUGUUAUCUAUUGAACUUGCAAUUUAGUCUUAUAUGUUUAUCAUGUUACAUGCAAACAAAAUUGCUUCUCAAUUGUAUCACUUGCCUGUCCCAAUGACUGUCUAUGGCUAUCCACUGGUAAAGCAAUCA